AUGCUCUCCGCUAGGCUUUUCCCAUUUCGACCAUCCCUCACGUCAUUGGCAGCGUCAUCUUCACACCACACUUCCCACUUACACCAGUCUGGUUCUUUGAGAGCCUACGCCACAACCCCCACGGACUCGAAGGGCUCAGGAAAGCAAAGCCCAACUGACUCGCCGGAAGGAGAGAAAGCGACUAAGCACGAUGCGUCUCACGCCAACCCUCGCCCAGAUCAUCAAGGUGCCGUCGGGGCAGCCAGAGAUGAGAUUCGAGGAAUCACACGAGACGUGGCCGAGCUCAUUUCCGGUAAAUCAGGACAACCCCCUGCCAUGGCUGCCAUGGAGCAAUCUUCCCAUUCACAUGGUAGUACGGUCAAGGACGACUUUUACGAAAUCACCACCAGCAUAGUGUCCAGCGUACCCAAACCCGCUUUGUAUUUUGGCCUGGCCGGCACUCUACCGUACCUGGGGACCAGUCUUGCUACUGUUUAUCUCGCACGACAAGCUGCUCUAGCUGCUGCUGGCGAGAAAGGCUAUGACCUCGCCUCAUCUCUCACCGCUCUACACACCGUCGAACACGUCCAGAUCACCUACGGUGCCAUUAUUUUAUCCUUCCUCGGUGCCAUUCACUGGGGUAUGGAGUUCGCUCAACUCGGUGGUGCUCAAGGUUAUCGUCGGCUGGCUCUCGGUGUGAUUCCUGUCCUCUUGGCGUGGCCUACGACAUUUUUGAGCCAUGGCGUGGCUCUCGCUACUCAGUGGACGGGGUUUACAUUGAUGUGGUUCUUGGAUCAACGGGCCAGUACGAUUGGAUGGACCACAUCAUGGUAUUCGACUUACCGAUUUUACCUAUCAAUCAUCGUCGGAUUCUCCAUCAUUGGUACUUUUGCUGGAACAGGCUACUAUGGUGCUGGAGCAGGAGCUGUGUCGGAUGCUAACGCCAAACAUAGUCAACACACCACUGAGCGUGUUUCCCCAGUUGCCCGACUGAACAAAAUCAAAGUCAAGGAUACCAAAGGAGGCAAGUUAUCGGGACAAAUUGGGGGUGAGAUUGCCUUGGAGGAGAAUGAGACUGGAGAGGGGUAUGGAAAGUUGAGGAAUAUCAGAAAAGAAGAAGAAGCGGAAGAAGAGGAGAGACAGAAGGAAGAGGAGGAAAAAGAAAAGGCUAAACAAGAAGAGAAUGAGAGGCAGGAUGAAAGAGAGGCGAGUCAAAUUCAAAAUAGUAAGGGGAUCAAGAAGGGUCAGAAGAGCGAUAAGGGCAUGAAGUCGGCAGGGGGGCAGAAGGGUGACAAGGGAGACAAAGCUGGUGCGGAGAUUGGAGAGGAGGACGGUGAUGAGAGCGAUGAAACUGAGGGAAAUGACGAAAAAGGCGAGGACGAGGGGAAGGACAAGGACCAAGGUGCUAAGACGUCUAAGAAGGGGGAGAGCAAACAAGAUAAAGAUGACAAGGAGGGCGAGCAGGAUAAAGAGGAUGAAGGAGGUGAGAAGAAUGGAGAAGAAGAACAGAAAGAAGGAGAAGAAAAGACGGAAGGAGAGAAAAAGGAUGCUAAGAAGGAUGACAAGGAGGGAGAAAAUGAAGGAAAGAAGAAAGAAGAUAAGAAGCAAGAAAAGGACAAAAGCAAGAAGAGUCAGAAAUAA